UCCCACCGCUCUAAUCUCCAGCCUCGUGGCUCAGGUACUCUGUCCUAUCUCACAUUACAAGCGAACACGCGCAGUCCAGUUCUCCGCGUGGACAGGCAUCGGGUCGGGACAGCGCACUGAGCGUCGAGCUCAUUCAAACAGGUGGUAAGCGAUUUCAGGUGGAGCUGACGGGGACGUGCAGGCAGCACUUCAUUUCACUGAGCCUCCGUAGCUGCAUCUGCACGAGCGUUAAAUAACGACAACUCGGACAUCUCUGUUUAUUUACCGUUUUAUUUAAGCUGUUGCUUUUUAUGCAACGUACGUUUUUGGGCUAAAAAGGACAGUUUCUGUUUAUUAGCCUGCAAGCUUCAGCAUACAGGUGGGCGAAAGCCGUUUGUAGGACGGCCCCCUCUUUCAGUUCCUCAAUAGGGCAGACGUGGGACUGUCAUUUAUUUGUCAUCCUUUGGGACAGAGGAAACGGCUCGCGCUCAGUUAACAGGUGCGACGAUUGAUAAAUACACCAGCGUUCAGUCGCGUAUUUUGUGCGAUACGCAUUCGUUUUCAUUUAUUUUUAUUUAUACCCGUGGCAAAUUAAGAGCUAUAUCUAUAUAUCUCGCUCAAAAAACAGCAUUUCCCCCGAAGCCUCUUUCUAUUCGAAAAGAGGGAGGUUUUUCCAGACAACAAUGUCCACCAAAAAGCGCAUGGAUUUAACGAAACGGAGCCGAAGCCCCGCGGUGUCCGAGGGCGAGAUGUUUAGCGAUUUUCAAGAGUGGUGCCUGCGCACUUACGGCGACUCCGGCAAGACAAAGACCGUCACCCGGCGAAAAUACAACAAAAUCCUCCAGACCCUCUUACAGAGCGACGACCCGGAGGUCGUUUAUAUCGAGAGCAACCACAUCAACGCCAAAUUCAAGUUCUGGGUGAAAUCCAAAGGUUUCCAGGUGGGCAGCACUGGCGGCGAGCGGAACGAGACCGGAUCAGCUGACAGACCGGUCCUGUACGUCCCCAUCAAGGCAACGUGUGUAGAUGGAGGUUUGGGGCAGGAGAGCUCUCUGAAGAGGGUUGCUGUGGUGGAGGAUUUCUAUGACAUCAUCUACGCCAUGCACGUAGAGAUUGGCUCCGAUCCUGCCAAAGCACCCAAACAUGCCGGACAGAAGAAAACCUAUAAAGCCAUAGCAGAGACGUAUGCGUUCCUGCCCAGAGAGGCGGUGACCCGUUUCCUGAUGAGCUGUGGAGAGUGCCAGAAGAGGAUGCACAUCAGCCCCAGCGGAGCAGAGUUCAAAGAGAACAAUCAACCAACCCAUCUGACCGCAGACCUUAUAGACUACAACAUGCCACUCACGACAACCUACCUGAAACAGAAGAAACUGCAAUGCAUGAACAGGAACGAGCAGGAUGAGUGUUCAGUGAGUAGCGAGGAGUUUGAUAUGAGUGACCCCACAUGGAUAUCAGCUGAACGUCACUCUGCACUGUCUGACCUGAGCCACCCGUCCAGCGCAGAGAGGAUGCACAGCCCGCAAAACGCACAUAAGGACGAGGACGAUGAUUCAUCUUCUGAAAGUGGCAGUGGCAAUGGAUUGCACACACUGACUCCUCCUUCCGUGGGCGUGGCCGGUGCAAGUGACAGUACAGGGACAGGACCUGGAUCAGGCUCGUACAGCGAGGUUAACGGGAACGGAAACGGUGCCGCGGCACCAAUUGACUUCAGCACGACUUCUUCAUCUUCUUCCUCAGAGGACCAGCAAGCGGUGAACCUCGGCGAGAGACUGAGUCAGGCCCUGCCUACUGCUGCAGCCAUGCUGGCGACCUUUAAGUCCGAGCAUACAGACGAGCUACGCAGAAAAUACCCCAAAUCAUCAGAGCUGCGUCUUGACCGAGAUGUCAGGGAUUAUAACAACAAGUCUCCACAAUACAGUUCAGGGAGUUAUGAUUCAAUAAAGAUGGAGAUAUGCGCCGAAGAUCUGACUGUCGGUCGGUCUCAGGCGGCCGACGAUGAUGACGACGACCAUGAUGACCAUGAUGAUAGUGAUAAGAUAAAUGAUGUGGAAGGAGUUGACCCAGAGAGGCUGAAGGCCUUUAAUAUGUUUGUACGUCUGUUUGUGGAUGAGAAUCUGGACCGCAUGGUGCCGAUCUCCAAACAGCCUAAAGAAAAGAUCCAAGCCAUUAUUGAAUCGUGCAGCCGGCAGUUCCCGGAGUUCCAGGAGCGUGCUCGGAAGCGAAUCCGCACCUACCUCAAAUCCUGCCGCCGUAUGAAGAAAAACGGCAUGGAGCAGACUCGACCCACGCCGCCCCACCUGACCUCAGCAAUGGCUGAAAACAUACUCGCAGCAGCCUGCGAGAGCGAAUCACGCAAAGCUGCCAAACGAAUGCGCAUGGACGUCUACCAGGCACAUGAGGAAGCGAUCGAUAAGCCUGUCUCCCGUGAGCCGAUUUCGCUGGCCCACUCUGCAUACUCACUUGCAGCCUCAGCCUACUCCCAGGACCAACUAUACAUUAAUGGAGGGUUGAACUACAGUUACCGUGGUUACGGCGGGCUGUGCGGCAGCAUUCAACAUCCUGUAUCGCUUACAACAGCUACUGCCCAGACCAAUGGCCCUACCGAUCUCAGUAUGAAGUCUCUGGCUUCCAGCUCAUCCUCGUCAAGCUCCAGUAGUCUCGGGAGGAACGGAGGAGGGGGCGGGACUUCUGCACAGCUCAGCCACACAGAGGUAGCGGCGGUGCGACAGCUGAUCGCAGGAUACCGCGAAUCCGCCGCGUUCCUGCUCCGAUCGGCAGACGAGCUGGAGAACCUCAUACUACAACAGAACUGAACUGGUCGCUCUCUCUCCUCAACGCCCUCUAUCUCUCUCUAUCGCAUAUAUUCAUUGUCCCUCUGGGUACACAUGUGGAGCGUACAUAACCAUCAUCAUCAUUAUUAUCAGAUGUUUCUGAUCACCAAGGUUUUUAAACUCGGAGAGAGAGAAUAAACAAAGCUUAAACAAAAAGAGCAAAAAGAGAUGAAGGAGAGAAGAUGCAGAGGUACGGAAAUGGGAAAAGGAGCUCUUAAGGACAAAGCAUUGCAGCUUUAUCGAGGAGAAGGUUGUGAUUGGACGGUUUUAUGUGUCUCUUCAUAUCGAUUCAUGCCUCCCUCCAUUAAUUUGAAGCUCCGCCUCCAUGCUCCUCUGAGAGCCAUUGAUUUCUAAUGCUCUUUGUCCUUUGCUAUUUCAAAGGAGGUACUACGGCACACCAAUCCUCCAGAUGGCACUAACUAAAUGAAGACGCUUUUGAUUUCGAGGCGUAAUGAAAAGAAGGAAAAAAGAAAUGAAGAAAAUUGAGAGACCUUCGCUGUAAAUAAGCACCCUCUGUGUCCUAAAGCACUUUUCCAUUCGUUCUGACCUCUGAAUAUUGUAACUUAUGCAUAUAGAUAUGCAGGUGGAUGCUCACCUGGAAAUACCUCAGCCUGUCUGUCCUGCUCUUUCUCUCUCUUUCCCAGUAGUCUGUAUGGGGGAGAAGAAAAUUAUCACCUUUCCGUCCUUAACCUCACGGUUCACUGCGUCUCAGCAUCCUGAGAUUCAGGCAUUGGAAGCAGAGAGUGUUCUAAUCGCCAAACAUUUCCUUAAUCAUUUUGUUUUUUCAAGCUAAUAUAUCCUAAACAUUUUUACACAAAAUAUAUCUUUAAUUAAAGAUAUGAUCUCUGCUCUUAGGUUAAUAUUUAAAGAUGUAUAAUUUACAGGAAGACAAGCAGAAAUACUGAUUUUUUUUUUUUUCGUUUUGACGCAAAUGUUUUGUAUAUACUUCGCUUCAUUUCAAGGUAUUGAUCUUGUAAAUGCACUGCACUGGAAAUGGCGUAUUGGACAGAAUGAAGUGUUCUGAUGAGGUUGAGAUAUAACCGACUGGGUUUCCUAAUCCAUUCGAACCUGUCAUGCGUACAGGUGCCAACUCCACACUCCAUUUCCUCUCUCUACGGGUCACUCCUGUUCCCCUCGUUUCUAUACUGUGCCCUUCUAUUUCUCCUUUACACCCUCUGCUCCUCCACCUCAUUGUAUCUCGGAGGAAACAGAGAAAUUGAAGCUGUUUUUGGCCAUUGAUCCACUCUGCUGCUAUGGACUCAGUUGUAACACCACAGACCUGAAACCUCAAGCCUCCCGACACAACCAGAGCACCUCAAGACGAAACGUACCAAGGCAAAAAAAAAAACUUUCAAAACAGACAGAAAUGGGAAGCCAAGAAAGAUAAAACCUGUUUUGUUGUUUAAUCAGCGUUUUGCAUUCUGGUUGAGGGUAUUUGUUUAAGACCCGAGGGCUGCUUUUGUUUGCUUUGCAGGCUUUUUUGUUUGUUUUAGCAUUUAAGUGCUUCAGAAAAUCUGAAAAUCUUUGGCACACGAGCUUGACGCAUACACACACUUAAGGGCAUCUCUGAAUAUUUCGCUAAAAAAUGAUUAUUUAAAGUGGUGUCAUUCAGGAGCCAGUGGAAAUGUCACUGUUAUUUGCUCCGGAUGAUCUUGGAGCUAUUGCACUGCUGGUGGGGGAUGGAGAACAAUAUCGCAAUGCAGAUGAUAAUCAAAAGCAUUCCUGGCCCUAAAAGAGAAAGACUAAUACACAAGACCCCAACCGAGGAGCUUUCAGAAUCAUUUGACAUACAUUUAACCCUACUUACAUACAUAAUGGGCAAGGUCAGUCGCGUGAUUGAAGGCUUUGAUGGAACGCCGUGUUUCGGGGGAAAUUGUGAAUUGCGAGUGUGACCGGAGACGACACUGCCCUCUUAAGACAUAUUUUGACACACGCAUGUCAUACGCGUUAAUGAUUUAUUGGAGCGAAGCGAUAUGUAAUGUAUUAUAUUUAUGAGAGCCUACAGCGUUCAGCCCUCUUGACUGAUGUAUGGAUUUCUGAUUAGAAUUAGAAGCUAUUGAUGUGAAGAAAUAUGCAAAAUUGUCAGUGCGAGGCAUCUCAUCACUGUGUUCAGCUCGUAGCGCGUCUGUGUUACGGUCCUCUCAUUAUAGGGCAUCCAUGUCGCCCUCCUAUUGUUCAGGAGAGAACGCAUUCGAUGUUGUAGGGAAGCAAAUCCACUGGGGUUCUGCUUAUGGAUACUGGUUUGUCACAAAAACACGUCCAGGUCAUAUUUCACCUCAAUAUAACAAUAAAACGAUUACAAAAUUGACAUUAUUUUCAUAACAGUUAAGCACAUUUCCACCCAAUCUCACACAUUCUCAUUACUGUAAUGUUAUGGUAAUGAGAAUGUAGAAGUUUAUGAGUUUUUACGGAUUUACAGUACAUAAAUGUAGUUAGCAUAAGUAUAAACACUAUUUUUGUGUUAAAGUUAUGGGGAUGUGCGGGAAUGGUUAACAAUUUGCUAUUUAUUUAUUUUGAGAAAGAAACAAUAUUGUUCUGGACCUGGACAUGUUCUUGCAAGGUUUUCUAUUGGUAUGCGUUUAUUUGAUUGCAUUUGGGAGAAAAAAAAUCCUCUUCAUUAUCAAACUUCUGUGCUUUUGCUGUUAUUUUGUUUUUCUUCUCCCAUGUCAUUGUCCUGUCACAGGUAUAGAUAGUGAUGUCAUGGUAAAGAGCGAGCCAGUUUUGUUUCUUCCUGACUCGGCCAUCUCUCUAUGUCUCCCAUUGAGGUUGAUGUGGGUACACUCUAAAAAACUUUGGGGUUGUUUUAACUCAAAGUUGGGUCAAAUAUGGACAAACUUAACAGUUGGGUUAAUUUCAACCCAUAGUUUGGUAACACCAACCAAGAAUAGGGUUAUUUGCAUUGUAAAAGUGAAAGUUGAAUCUACUUAAACCACAUUAAGUAGAUUUUUGACCCAUAAUGGGUAAAUAUUGGACAGUACACAUGAUGGGUUAAAAAUGACCCAAUGUUGGGUUGAUUUUAUGCAACCAUGCGGUAUAAUAACCCAGCACUUUGGUCAAUUUUAACCCAGCGAUGUGUUAUGUCCAAUAUUUACCCAUUAUGGGUAAAAAUAAC